CUCGCCUGCGCGCGCCCGGCCCCUUGCUGCCUUGCUGGCCCUGCUGCAGUGCUGCUGCUCCGCUGCUCGCCGGCUGCCCGGGUCGCCCACUCUGCUCCGGCCUCUCCUGGUCUGCUGGAUUGAAUAAAAGAUGAAAAGGAGACCACCAAAGUAAUUAUUGAUGACAUUGGAGAUAGAAAUUUUUCUUUACUUGUUGAUGAGUCCAGAGAUGCAUCAAUAAAGGAGCAAAUGGCUAUGGUUUUAAGGUAUGUCGAUAAACAUGGGUAUGCGAUUGAGAGGUUCAUUGGGAUUAAGCAUGUUGGUGACACAAGGGCAGCUUCUCUAAAAGCAGCUUUGGAUGGUAUGUUUCUUAAACAUGGCUUGUCUAUGUCUAAAUUGAGAGGGCAGGGGUACGAUGGAGCUUCUAACAUGAGAGGACAAUUUCGUGGGUUGCAAAGGUUGAUACUAGAUGAAAAUCCUUAUGCAUUUUAUAUUCAUUGCUUUGCCCAUCAGUUGCAGUUAGUGGUUGUUGUUGUUGUCAAGUGUUGUUCCUCUGUAUUGGAUUUCUUUAACCACAUAACUUUGAUUGUCAACACCGUCAAUGCUUCUUGUAAGAGACAUGAUGAACUAGCCCAAGAACAACAUGAUAAUAUUGUGAGUCAAUUGGAGUCUGGGGAAAUUUUUUCAGGAAGAGGGAAAAACCAAGCAACCAACCUUGUAAGACCUGGAGAUACACGGUGGGGCUCACAUCAUAAAACUUUGUGUCGGUUUAUUGAGAUGUGGACAUCUGUUUUGCAUGUAUUAGAGAACAUUCAUGAUGAUGCAGAAAAUUUAACACAAAGGGGUCGUUCAAUACCCGCUCGGGGUCGUUCAAGGGGGCGUGGUGGUCAAAUGGUAACUUUCUAUCAACGCUUCAGAUAUGAAAUAUUCAAUGUUCUGCUUGACCAAAUAAUUACUGAGUUAAAUAACCGCUUUGCUGAAAGAUCUACUCAAUUGUUGAGAUGCAUUGCUUGUCUUGAUCCAAGGAACUCAUUUGCUAAUUUUGAUGAAGACAAACUUGUUCAACUUGCUCAGAUGUAUGCUGAUGACUUCUCCAUAUAUGAGAUUUCUUUUGUCCUUAGAAACCAACUUGAAAACUUCAUUGCUGAUGUGAGAGCUGAUCCAAGUUUUGUUAGUUGUAAUGACCUUGGUAGUCUUGCUGUGAAGAUGGUCCAAACUGAUAGACACAUAGUCUUUCCUUUGGUAUAUCGUCUUAUUGAGUUGGCAUUGAUUUUGCCUGUUGCAACCGCAUCAGUGGAAAGAGCUUUCUCAGCUAUGAGUAUUAUCAAGACUGAGUUGAGGAAUAAGAUGGGUGAUGAUUGGUUGAAUUAUUCCAUGGUGUGCAAUAUUGAGCAAGAAAUAUUUGCAAAGGUUGAUGAUGAUGCUAUUAUAUAUCGCUUUCAAGACUAUAGAUUUCGCAAAGGAACUUUACCUCGUCGUAGUAGUGUUGGCUCUUCUUCCACCGUUGAUCAAGUUAUGGAAGACACUGAUGAAGGAAACAAUUGAUUUGGUACUCUUUGUACUGCACGUACUGUUUGUAGUUCUUGUCAUCUUUUUAUCUAUUUUGUUGUAUCUUUAAGCAUUGA